AUGGCUUCAAAAUCAAAAAAGGGAUCUUCAACUACCGAUCCUAUUUGGAACCAUUGUUCUCGAAUUAACGACAAUAGAAUGAAUUUAAAGUGUAAUUAUUGUGGAUUGCAAAGGUGGGGGGGUAUAAAUCGAAUGAAACAUCAUCUAGCGGGAGAUCAUGAUAAUGUUGCUCCUUGCACUCAAUGUCCACAAGAAGUGAAAGAUCUUUGUAUUAAAAUUUUAGGAGAUUUCGAAAUUCAAAAAUCUCAACAUGAGAAGGAGUGUUUUGAUGUAGAUGAAAGAGCUCACGGAGAUCUAAAUUUAGGUGAAAAAAGAAAGAAUGUGGAUGCAUUCAUAACUAGAGGUAAAGGAACCAAACAACAAACUUUAAAUGCAAUGGUAAAAAAAAGAGAACCCGUAAUUCGAAGUAUUUGUAGAUUUCUAUAUGGACAUGCAUUACCAUUUGUUUUGGUGAAGAGUCCAUUAUUUUCUUCUAUGUUGGAUACAAUUGGUGAAUAUGGUAGAGGUUUAAAACCUCCUAGUUAUCAUGAAGCUAGAGUCACUUAUUUGAAAAAAGAAGUGGAAAGUGUGAAUUCAAUGCUAGAGAAGUAUAAAAAAGAAUGGAAAAAAACAGGUUGUACUUUGAUGUCUGACGGGUGGACUGAUAAAAAAUCUAGAUCUCUCACUAAUUUUUUAGUGAAUAGUCCAAGUGGGACUGUUUUUCUUAAAUCUAUAGACACAUCUGCUGUAAUCAAAGAUGCACAGAAGUUAUUUGAAAUGCUUGAUGGACUAGUGGAGGAAAUUGGAGAGGAAAAUGUUGUUCAGGUUGUGACUGAUAGUGCUUCAGCUUAUGUAAAAGCUGGGGACUUAUUGAUGGAAAAGAGAAAGAAAUUAUUUUGGUCUCCUUGUGCGGCUCACUGUAUUGACAAUAUAUUGGAGGAUAUAGGUGAAUUGUCGAUGUUUAAAGAUACAAUAAAGAAAGCUAGGGAAGUUUGUGUUUAUAUUUAUAGGCAUGCUUGGGUUCUUAGCAUGUUUAUAAAGUUUUCUGACAAGAAGGAGUUAAAAAGAGCCGGAGUUACAAGAUUUGCUACAACUUUUCUCACAUUGAAGAGUUUUGAGGAAAAUAAACUUCCACUUAGAGCGAUGUUUGCUUCAGAGGACUGGGCAAAGAGUCACUAUGCUUCCAAGCCAGAAGCAAAAAGGGUGGGCACAAUUAUGUUAUCUGAUGAUCGAUUUUGGAAAUCAGUUAAGUAUUGUCUAAAGUGUGUGAGUCCAAUAGUCAUAGUUUUAAGACUCGUUGAUGGGGAUGCCAAACCGGCUAUGGGGUAUAUUUAUGAAGCAAUGGAUAGGGCAAAGGAGCAAAUUGCAAACAAUUUCAAUAAGCAACUGACAAAGUAUGAGCGAGUUUGGAAAAUUAUUGAUACAAGAUGGGAUUUGCAACUCCAUAGACCACUUCAUGCAGCUGGUUAUUUUCUUAAUCCCAAGUUUCAGUACGACGAGUCAUUCAAUGCUGAUACGAAAGUCAAAAUAGGAUUAUACACAACAAUUGAGAAGAUGUUUCCGGAUAUUGAAACAAGAAUUAAAGUUGAUCAACAAUUAGAAAAGUUCAAAAAAGGAGAAGGAAUGUUCGGGAUAAGCAUGGCUACUUCGACUAGAGAUAAAAAACAACCAGGUUUAUGGUGGGAAAGCUAUGGAGAAGAAUGUAAAGAGCUUAAAAGUCUUGCUAUUAGAGUGUUAAGUUUAACAUGUAGUGCUACAGGAUGUGAGGGAAAUUGGAGUACAUUUGAGCAUGUUCAUUCGAAAAAGAGAAAUCGUUUAGAACAACAAAGAUUGAAUGCUCUCGUGUUUGUUAAAUAUAACAUUCAACUUGAAUUAAGGCAAGCAAAGAGGGAGAAACGUGGUGAAACAUAUGAUCCAAUUUGUUUGAGUGAUAUGGAAUCUACUAGCCAAAGAAAACGAGGACCAAGAAACUUGAGGCAUGAUAGACACGAAAAAGAAAAGACGGUUGAAGAUGAGGUAAUGGAAGAUUUUGAUUUAGAUUCGUUCAAUGGCGAAGAAGGAAUUGAAGAACAAGGGGAAAUAGAAGACUUGACAGUCUUAGGAAAUAGCAAUAGUGAUGAGGAUGACGACGAUCUCGAACUUGAUAGAAACUAG